AAAGGACUUAGCAGACACAUCACAUGCGCACGGGUCAACUAGCUCUCAAGAGUUUUUUCAGCGCUCCAUCCCCACUCGUCGAGUAAAAUUCCUCCUUCGUUUGCUCCGUGGUAGACUUGAAGUUGAUCCGAACAAGGAUCGGCUUCUUUUCAAGCAUAUGUGCUACGAGAUGGAACGGUUACAUAAUGGCGAGGAUGUGUCAUUCCACGAUGUUCUAAAUAUGCUCUCCUAUCGAAGCGUUGACAUUCGCAAGAGUUUACAAUUAGAAGAAUUACUACAAAGGGAGGAGCUAGAAUACUUGAUAGAGGAAGAAGUAGCAAAGCAAACUAUCCGAGCAUGGUUGGAGCAAUGUCUUCGACGGAUUAAGCAGAAGCAGAGCGUGCAGCUGACACAACCUGAAGGCGUCUUGCCAUCAGCCCUAGCUCUUCAUCGUCUCAGCUGUCUCAUACCAUCGGUGCCUCAUAUUCCUUCACAGUAUAACCUUCAAGCUACUCCACCAGCGGCGACAGUAGGUUCUUUUCGAUCAUUUUUAGUUCUCUAA